AUGAAUCUGCCAGAAUUUGUUCGCCUUCUACGUGGUGAAAGUCCUGCCGAUUCAAGACCAAACAAAAAUCUCGAAAUACCAAGCAAUCAUCCUGCCUGGGUCAGCUACGAACAUAACUCGCAUUGGCGAGCCAUCGUGGAUCACGGUGUUAUACUGUAUUGGAAGAAAGCAUUUGGCAAGCAAGACAAGCCGCCUCCAAAUCAUGGAUCGGCUCGCAGGGCGCUGAACACGAUUGUGAAAAACCUCCGAGCUGGACAGGACGCCGAUCGCACAAUCAUUGCCAGGACAGCAGAGGAAGCUAACAGGUGA